CAUAUGUAGCACAGUUUAAGCCCAACACAACUGACCAAUCAAAAUUAGUGAAUGCACUGCAUCUCUCUGCAGUGGAGAGAAGCGACAAGGUAGGCUGUCAUUCUGCAAACGCUGCCCAGAACAGGCUUUCCUCUGAGAAGUACUGCUGUUCUUCUUUAGAAAGACUGAAUCUAAAUGUUGCCUCUGGAGACAAGAAGCCUUCAGUAUGUUAAAUUACUUUCAUUAUGUAUUUUCAGACGCUUAUUGAUUCCACAGUCGGAAGAGUGAGAGACUGCAGCAGCCUCUAAACAGCCUUACAUGUUCCAUACAUUAGCAGGAGUGCUGAAACAAUGGCACAAUCCAGGAACAUAUUUUCACUAAGGUCUUUUUUUGAAGAGAUGUUUAUGACCCUCUUCCCUCAGUACUCUGCUAACAAGUGAAAGAAAUGAAUCAAUCAAAACUGGAAAUGCUUCAACUAUAUCAAGAAUAUAGCCAAUCUUUAAGCAGAGGGCAUAAAACAUCUAAUUCAGUUUUUGCUACUGACAUUAUAAAGAAUGCAAAUGACUGAACCUCUUUCUAGCAGUCUGAACCACAAGCUACAAGAUAUAAUGUAUAUUUCUAAAGGCAUAAAGGAGUUAAAGCAAAAACAUGGACUAAGUCUGUAUGACUGCUUGCAUGCAUAACAAAUCAGUACUCUGAAGAGAAGACAUUGGAUAAUAUUUUCAAGAGAAGAAUGCAAUGGUUUAAGGCUGAAAACAAAAUGGAAAAAAAACAACUGCUCCAAAAGAAUGUGUUUCUCUCUCAUUCUGGAAAUCAACAUGCAGUCUGAAUCUAACAUUACAGUCCGAGAUGACAUUGAUGACAUCAACACCAAUAUGUACCCAUCAUCUUCAUAUCCAUUAAGCUUUCAAGUAUCUCUCACUGGAUUUCUCAUGUUAGAAAUUGUAUUGGGACUUGGCAGCAAUCUCACAGUAUUGGUACUUUACUGCAUGAAAUCCAACUUAAUCAACUCUGUCAGUAACAUUAUUACAAUGAAUCUUCAUGUACUUGAUGUAAUUAUUUGUGUAGGAUGUAUUCCUCUAACUAUAGUGAUUCUUCUGCUUUCACUGGAGAGUAAUACUGCUCUCAUCUGUUGCUUCCAUGAGGCUUGUGUAUCCUUUGCAAGCGUCUCAACUGCAAUCAACGUUUUUGCAAUCACUUUGGACCGAUAUGAUAUCUCUGUAAAACCUGCAAACCGAAUUCUGACAAUGGGAAGAGCUGUCAUGUUAAUGACAUCCAUAUGGAUUGUCUCAUUUUUCUCUUUCCUAAUUCCCUUUAUUGAGGUCAAUUUUUUCAGUCUUCAAAGUGAAAACAGAUGGAAAAACAAAACACUUCUCUGUGUCAGUAGAAAUGAAUACCACACUGAACUGGGGAUGUACUAUCACCUGCUAGUACAGAUUCCAAUCUUCUUUUUCACUGUUAUAGUAAUGCUAAUUACCUACACCAAAAUACUCCAAGCCCUAAAUAUUCGAAUAGGCACAAGAUUUUCUACAGGGCAAAAGAAGAAAGCGAGAAAGAAAAAGACAAUUUCUCUGACCACACAGCAUGAGACUACUGAUGUAUCCCAAAGCAGUGGCGGGAGAAACGUAGUUUUUGGUGUAAGAACUUCUGUUUCAGUUAUAAUUGCUCUCCGACGAGCCGUGAAGAGACACCGAGAACGCCGGGAGAGGCAAAAGAGGGUCUUUAAAAUGUCUCUCUUGAUUAUUUCAACAUUUCUUCUCUGCUGGACACCAAUUUCUGUUUUAAAUACCACCAUUUUAUGUUUGGGCCCAAGUGACCUUCUGGUAAAACUAAGAUUGUGUUUUCUAGUUAUGGCCUAUGGAACAACCAUAUUUCACCCUCUAUUAUACGCAUUUACUAGACAAAAAUUUCAAAAAGUCUUAAAAAGCAAAAUGAAAAAGCGAGUUGUUUCAAUUGUGGAAGCAGAUCCUAUGCCUAAUAAUGCUGUAAUACACAAUUCUUGGAUAGAUCCAAAAAGGAAUAAAACAAUUACUUUUGAAGACAGUGAAAUAAGAGAAAAAUGUUUAGUACCACAGGUUGUUACAGACUAAGCAAAAAAAAAAAAAAAAAAAAAAAAACAAGUUU